AUGGAAGACUACACUAGUGAGACCACUUCUGCUUUGGUAUCGAUGGCUUUAGAGAGAUCACAAUUAUUAGAGAGCAGCGAGGUCGUUUACUGUUUCAUCAAGGCUCCUCUAGCAAUGGUCAAAGUUUACGAAAAGCGGCUAUCUAUGUCGCAUUCAGAAGUUGUAUAUAAUACACGGGCUCCUAUGUUUCAAAGCAAUAGUUGUCCUGAUGAAGGACUGUUUGUCUUAUUUUCCUGGGGAAGAAGAAUCUGCUAUCAUGACGGCAUAACUGAACAAAAUGGACGUCAAUCCAGACAGGCGCAAGAUCUACAAAGACGGAUGGGGUUGUGCGUCUUACCAAGACUACUGGCUGUAUCUUCCUCAGCAAAGCCAACUGAACCCAAAAUCAAUCUUCGUUCUUGGGAUGAAGCCUAUACUAUGGCAAAGGCCUUGGUUAGUAGAAUGUCUCUCGAGCAAAAGGUCAAUAUCACUACUGGUAUUGGCUUUGGAAGCGGCCAUUGUGAAGGUAAUACUUUUGCCAUCAGCAAUCCUGAUUUUCCCUCUCUUUGCUUGCAAGAUUCUCCACUUGGUGUUCAGCUCGCUUACAACGUAACCUCUGGUGUUGCUGGCAUUAAUGCCGCCGCCUCAUUUGAUAGAAUGGCCAUCCGUGAUCGUGGUGUUUAUAUGGGCCAAGAAUUUCGCGGAAGGGGUGCUAAUGUUCAACUGGGUCCCGCAGUGAAUUUUAUGAGAUCUCCUGAAGGUGGCCGUGGCUGGGAAUCAGGCGGUGAAGAUCCAUUCUUGACGGGUGUUCUCGCUGAAGAAACUGUUUUAGGUAUCCAGAGUCAAGGUGUCAUUGCUACUGCCAAACACUACAUCUUAAACGACCAAGAACUUAAUAGAAAUACCGGGUCAUCUGAUAUCGACGAAAGGACUCUACAUGAAAUAUAUCUCUGGCCCUUUGCUCGUGCUGUUGAAGCAGGCGUUGGCUCCAUCAUGUGUAGUUACAACCAAAUCAACGGAAUCUUUGCUUGCGAGAACGAUUAUCUUUUAAACACUGUCUUAAAGGGUGAACUUGGGUUCAAAGGAUUUGUCCAAUCAGAUUGGUUAGCCACUAUGUCCACCGUUGAUUCGGCAAAUCAUGGUCUUGAUAUGAACAUGCCAGGUAAUAUCACUAUCGGUUCUAGCGGUUCAUACUUUGGUAAAAACUUGACAGAUGCCGUUCACGCCAAAAAAGUCCCAGAGUCUCGCGUGACAGAUAUGGCUACUCGUAUUGUCGCUGCUUGGUAUAAACUUGGACAGGAUAAAGAUUUCCCCAAGACUACGCUUGACUCUUUCCAUCCUGACAAAGUAUCUUAUGUCAAUGUUCAAUCUGAUCAUUACAAGUUGGUCCGUUCAAUGGGUGCAGCCUCUACUGUACUUUUGAAAAAUAGCGGAAUUCUGCCAUUAGAUAAGUCUGUCAAGAAGGUUGCUUUUGUAGGAAGUGAUGCUGCAGUCAACCCAGAUGGUAUUAAUGCAUGUCUCGCUCAUAGUUGUAAUAAAGGUACCCUCGCUCAAGGCUGGGGAUCUGGUACUGCUGUCUUCCCAUAUCUCGUUGACCCUAUCACUGGCCUUAGAAACGCUUUGGGCAAAGAUGUCAAGUUUACAAAGUCCUUAGAUGACUGGGACCUUGACGGUGCUGCUGCUGCUGCCAAGGAUGCUGAUGUUGCUUUUGUAUUUUCGAGCGCUGACUCAGGAGAAGGAUUUAUUGUUGUAGAUGGCAAUGUUGGUGAUCGUAACAAUCUUAGCUUAUGGAACAAUGGAGAUAACUUAAUCAAAGCCGUCGCUGAUGCAAACAUGAAUACUGUCGUAGUCAUACACUCUGUAGGACCUGUCCUGAUGCCUUGGAUUGACCAUCCCAAUAUCAAGGCUAUUGUUUGGCCAGGCCUUCCUGGACAAGAAUCUGGAAACUCUCUUGCUGAUGUUGUUACUGGCACGGUUAAUCCUUCUGGUCGUCUCCCAUAUACCAUUGCCAAGAAAGCCUCAGACUAUCCUGUCAAACCGGAUUCUGCCCAUAAUGUUGUUUACAAAGAAAAGCUUUUGAUGGGAUACAAAUGGUUUGAUGCUCAUAAUGUUACCCCUCUUUUCCCAUUCGGUCAUGGCUUGUCGUAUACCAACUUUACUUAUAGUGGCCUCACAGUCAAGGUCGAAGCAUCUGAAAAAUCUACUAAAGUCACUGCCACAGUAACAAUCAAAAACACAGGUCAUCUUGAUGGUGCUGAAAUCCCCCAGCUUUAUCUUAGUUUCCCUGAAAGCGCAAAUGAACCACCCAAGCUUCUACGUGGUUUCGAAAAGGUGUUUAUCAAGGCAAGUAAAGAGGAAAAGGUCAAAUUUGAAUUGACGUCAACUGAACUGAGUAUCUGGGAUACUGAUUCCAAGUCCUGGAUUAUUCCUUCCGGCAAAUUCACUGCUCAUAUUGGUGCAUCAAGCCGUGACAUCAGACAGUCUGUAGACUUUAUUUUGUCGCCUAGAAUGCAAAAGUAUAUGAAAGGACCAAUUCUAGACAGAUUUGUUCGCUUGGCUCUAAGUCUCUUCUUGUAAAUGUUGAUAGUCCGGAAAAAUAGAGGUGUCUGUGCUUUUUAUGGUCUGUAGCGCAAGAGUUGAUGUUUUAUUUGUCCUUUGUAAUAUUAGCAACCUUAUAAAUAAAUGUAUACCUUUUGAAUACCAAAAACUAGUUGUUUUCAAAUUCGUGCACAAAUGCAACUGUCAGCUAGUAGCGACGCAGAUACCACAGAUAAUGCAGGUCAUACAACCACCGGG